CUGGUUGACUUGACUUCCACCUGCAGAGGUGUGUGUCUUUAAAGGCCAGUGUAGUCAGUUUCACUCCGCCCAUCGAGGCUGAUCGAGGCCGGAGCGCAGAAACGUAACGCCAACGGAAAACACGCCCAACCCAGAGACUUUUAGCUCUUAUUUAGUUCAAGGUUUACCGCUGAGGAACCUGCCACCGCUCCAGGCCUCAACCCUAAUCCUGAAAUAUGGACCACAACAAUUUUUACCUGAGCUACCCUGACCCCACCUACCAGCAGGUUCAGCAGCCAUGGCUGGUCCAUGAAAAUCUGACCCUUCAGGAAGGAUAUGUACCAGUGUUUCAGCAGGAGAACAUGGUCCUGGGUGAUCCUAACGCACUGGAAUAUCAGACACUGAGAGCCGACGCUCACAUAUUUAACGGAGGGUCCUGUGACCCACCUGUGACAGAUGAGAUCAGACAAGAGCUGAGGACUGUUUUGGAGUCCUACCUGAACAGAGAGCACCUCAGCAAUGACCUGUAUCUCAAGUCUCAGAUGGACAGCAACCAGUAUGUUUCCAUCUCUGCUCUGGCCUGCCUCGACCAGAUCAAGAAUCUCACCACAGACGUGGACCUCAUCUCCGAUAUUCUCAGAUCCAUGCCGCUGGUCCAGUUUUCCCCAUGUGGACAGAAAGUUCGUCCCAGCCCUAGCCGGUGCGUUUUAAUCCUGAGGGAGAUUCCUAACACCACACCUCAAGAGGAGGUGGAAGCUCUCUUUGAAGGAGAGAACCUGCCCAAGUUCAAGAGCUGCGAGUUUGUGAGCAACGAUAACUGGUUCAUCACCUUCAAAUCAGAAGCCGAUGCACAGCAGACCUACGAGUACCUCAGAGAACAGGUUCGGGUGUUUAAGGGAAAGCCCAUCAUGGUGAGGAUGAAGGCCGAAACAACAGCAGCCAUUGCUUUGGCUCCAAACCAAAGCUACCGACCCCCCCAGCCAGAACAGUGCAACAACUAUUAUGGUUUCUACCCCUCCGCUACCACCUACCAGCAGUCCUGCCCGACCCACGCGUCCACACAACAGCUAAACGAAUUCCUCGGUGAGGUGUGGACUUUGGCUGCAUCUGGAUAUCAAGACUGGGCCGAACCUCCUCUACUGAUGAACCACUUCAUGGAUGGCUUCACAGCAGCUUCCGCUUUCAAACCGUGCCACCCACACAGCCAAAGGACAGGCUCGAGUUGGUCAAACUGUGACCGUUGGCAGUCCCAGCAGCCCGCCUCCUCGCACUCAUCAGAGCAGCCAUCAGAUUGUUCCUCUCCUACAUGGCCCGGUCGAGGACGGUCACGGGGAAAGGUGCGCCUUCCGAGUAGAGGUGGAAGAAAGGAACCCAACAAGCAGGUCACAUCUCCCACUGAGCAGGGAAGGAGAGGAAACUUCAACCAGAGGAGGAGAGAGACUGCAAGGUCCUGGGAGCGACCCACUCGAAGCAGUCAGAAUUCACAGAGUCAGUCCCCUCCUUGUCAGCCGUCUCCCCAUUUUGAGCUCACCCUGUCGAACUUCCCUCUUCUUCCUCCUCCAGCCUCUACCAUGUCCUCACAAAGUGAAUUAAAAAGCAGCAGCUCCUGCGCCUCAGAGGCAGCGCCUUCACAGGAGCCUCAGCUGGUCUCAGAGCAGGCUGUGAAUGAAGCCUCAGAGAUGACCACUCAAGAGAAACCAGUUCAGCACACACAGGAACCAGUAACUGGGUCCAGGAAACUGACCUAAGCCGAGGUCUGCAAGAGAGGCUUAUGCAGCAAGUCGGGUCCUACCUUCACAAAACUGGGGUGAUGCACCAGAGCCAGCUCAGUGGAAACGCUGUUGAAAUGAGAUGAAGAAAAGACACUUUUUUUGUUGUUUGGGAGUGUCUAAAAGAUAAAAUGUUAUUGUUGUCUUCAUUUGUAAAAAUAGGCUGCACAUUUACUGUAGAGAAUGAUCUCUUAUAAUACACUGAGUAACACAUUUAAGCCUUUAAAUCAGCUUAAUCCAGGUCUGCAUGUUUGUUCAGUGCAGAGGUCUUUGACUGGUUGGCAAAACCAACUUUUCAGUUUUUUAGACAGGAAGCUGGUAGAAAUCUGCAUAUUUUGAUCUGCUACUUUAAUUUCUGUUUUAUUUCUUGAUUUGUAGUUUAGGUCUGUUUGUAGAGAGUGAGCUUCCAUUUUUUGAUUUCUUCUUGCUUUCCUGAUGGCAUCGACAAUUAUUUUCGUCCUGUUUGUGUGUGUUACAUGUUUUCUUAGUUGUACAGGAUGUUCCGCCAUGAUUGUGAACUUAUUUUAGUGUUGUUGUUUUAUUUCUCCACCCAUACUUCUGUGUUAUCUGUGACUGCUGUGGACACACAUGAAGCUUUUUCCAUAAAUCACUGCUGAUCAGCCGUAUUAUUUCCAUUUUUAGAUACCAGAGAGCUGUCAAGGUCCAGUGUGUUUAAUGAGAACUGGGGGAUCAGAUCUGAUUUGAGCAUAU